UGAGUAACGAGUACUCGGGCAACGAAUAGUUACAUUUUUCCCACCACUAGUGAAAACGCAGCUUUUUGCGCGGUUCCUACGGUGCAAAAAAACCGCAACUGGGGAGCGCAUUUGGCGGAAUGUUGCCGCAAACUCACCGGAGCCAUUUACCGGAUCGUAACUUCCGGAUGCCCGUUAGCCCUUCGCCCCCACUCCGGGGAUGCGCGCACCCUCCCCACCACUACGCGCACACCACACACACGUUUUGGGACCGCUGGCUAGUAAGUAGCCGGCGCGAGCAGCCACGAACGGUGCCGAUUGGGGCCGAAGUAACCAAGGGGCCUGAAGCUGGCCGGUGGAUGAAGAUACGGCACACGCGUUUGGACCAUCGAGAUCGCCAGCGGUCCAGGAAAGUCUCAGCUUCAGAGCAGGAUCGCGACGCAUAAACACAGGUUUUUACGUGCGGGCGAGAGCGCUCUUCAUCUCAGUUUGCGGAUUGUUUUUGCUGAUUCUUCGACUGGUUUGGACACGAGCGCAGCUGAGCGCCGAUGUCUUCCGAGACCGGCAAUUUUUCGCGUGCGACCAACAGGACAGUGAUGAUUUAGCAGGAGUUUGUAGUGUUGCGUGCAAUUUUUUUUUCAAUUUUAUUCCUUGGUGUUUUUACGCGCCCUUAGUUCAGUUUGUCCGAUGAUGAACUAGGUUUUUUUUGGGGCCGAGAGAGACUCAUACCGUUGCCAAGAUGAGAAUUAAAAUGCCGGCAGUGAGGAUCGCUCAAGCGGAUGCAGAUGGACAGGAGUUGAUCGACGACCAUCAGGACAUUCUGACCUGCGGUAUUUGCAAGAAGUCCUUUCCGCUGUCCGACAUUGUUCACUUCAUCCACCACAAGGGCCAUUCCUGCAACAAGGAGAACUUUGGCCAGUGUUUCAUCAAUCCGGAUCGGGACCGGGAUAACGACGAUGGGUCUCUGCCGUUGAGCACCAUCAAUACCAGACGGCCCAGUAUAUCAGCGCCGAUUAGUAGCAAAAAGAGUGGCGCCAGUCGAGUGCAUACUCCACCUCCUGCUAGUCCACGGCUUCCAGCUCCCAGUGACUUGUGUGUGGACGGAGCAGCAUCUUCAACUCCAAAAAGACGCGCUUCUUCGCCAUUGACCACUUCGGGCAGUACCGACGAUGGUGAGGACCACAAGCCGACCAUCAAACAGGAACGCAUCGACACUACCAACUCCUCACCUGAAGACCCUUCGCACAAAAAGUGCCGCACCGAAGUUGCUGAUGCCGAAAGCAACACGACACAUAGCGAGCCCAGUAACUACGUAUGCUCCACAUGUAAAGCCAGACUGCACUCGGCAUGGCGACUGGUGCAGCACGUGCAACACGUCCAUGGAGUGAAAAUCUACGUUGAGUCGACGCCCGGUUCCUCAAAGUGCAACAACAACAACCAUUCGACUAGCUCGGUAUCCAGUAGCUCGUCCGGCUGCUCAUCGGGCGCCUCGGGCGCGCCUCCCGUGCCCAACUUGCGGCACCCUUUGCUCCCGCCGCCCGACUUGCACAACCCCUUUGGCGUGGGAGGAUUGUUGCGGCUGCCGAUGCCUCCCAUGAACCACGGCAUAAACCCGAACAUGCCUCCAGCGCCGCUUUUUUCCCGAUCCGAACACCAUUACCGUAUGGAUCAGCUGAUGAGUGAGCAGUUUCGGCACCAUGGUCUCAAUUUGGCGGCAGCUGCAGUGGCGGCAGCUUCGCAGCCCCACAGCUUCACAUCGCCAGUAGCGGAAAGGGCCAGUUCAGUUACUAGCCUACCGACAAGGGAUCGAAGCACUCCCAAUCAGCCCUUAUCACUUGAACCACAACUGGAUUUUUACUCACAGCGGUUGAGAGCAUUAGCAGGAACAACAAGUCCUGGGGUAGCACAGGCGAGCUCCCCAAGCCCCAGGAAGCUUUCACCGCCUUUUACCAGUCCCUCGCCCUCGCAAGUGCCACUAACCAGUAUCCCAAAUAAUACCAGUUUGUCCAGCUGCACGAGCAGCAACAAUCCUACCGGUCACAACAACAAUAACCAUAGUUCUAGUAGUGGGAAUAGCGGCAAUAGUUCGAGUAGACAGCCCAGCGCGUCGCCACCGAACAAAAGUAGUGCAGAUGAGCCGAUGGUGAGCACGCCCAGAUCGGCUUCGACGCCCCCCUGUAAACCUGGGUCACCACAGAAUACCGUUGGUUCUGUGGAAGAUCCCCAAACAUGCGGGAAAAAGUUCAGAAUGCAGGACGCGCAACGGCGACUGCAUUCAGGCCAGCUACCCUACAAGUGCACUGUAUGCGACCAGUCAUAUGCAGGAAGCAGCAAGCUGAAGCGCCACAUGAAGAUCCAUCGCACACCUGAAGACCGGACAAGUAAUGCCGGCUCGCUUGAAACUCUGGACGGAGAAGACAGCGAGGAGGAGGACGACAUGGACGAAGAAGAGGAGGACGACGAGGAACUAGAGGCGGAAGAUGAGGAGGCGGAGGACUUGAGCGUGCCCAGUCAGGAUUCAAAAAACGCGAGUGCUAACCAAGCUUCCCUAGUUGGCGAACUUAUGGACAAGUUUGGUUUGAGCAACAUCGCCCAGUACAGCGAGGCCUACAAGCAGGCGUUGCAGGAGAGCAAUUCCGCAAUGAAGAUGCAGAUGCAGGCGAGCAAGGACAGGGACAACAACAACACGUCCCUAGUCACGCAGCUGAAGAUCCGCGAAGAGUUCGCCAAGGGGCUGUUGUCUGGACCGCCGCCUCCACCUUUGCCCCUAUUUCCCCAAUUCAACGAUACCUACGAGGCAACCAAACGGCUAAAGUUGGACUUGGAGCGGAACGAUUGGUGGCUACCGGGACUAGCGCGGGAGAGCAAAUGCGUCCCAGGGCCCAGCUCGUUGCUCCCCAACCACCUGAUCAAGAAGGAGUCGCGUCGGAACGACACCUGUGAGUUUUGCGGGAAAGUGUUCAAAAACUGUUCUAACUUGACGGUGCACCGACGUUCGCACACUGGUGAGAAACCCUACAAGUGCGAGCUCUGCUCCUACGCUUGCGCGCAAAGCUCCAAGCUCACCAGGCACAUGAAGACCCACGGUCGGAUCGGCAAGGAUGUGUACCGGUGCCGUUUCUGUGAGAUGCCCUUCUCUGUGCCCUCCACCUUGGAGAAGCACAUGAGAAAGUGCGUGGUCAAUCAGGGCAAAGGUCACAUGCUGGGCAGCAUGCCCAUGAUGAGCGGCGAUGAGGAUUCUUCGACCAGCAUCCCGUCGAAGGACGCCGCCACAUGACUCUUUCCAUGGGGCGGCAUUCCGCGGUUUCCUGCCCCACCGCCCAGCUUGACCUACUAACGAACUGUUCUAGGAAAUGUUUGUUGCCACUUGACUGCGCUUCCACCAGGGAGAUUCGACCAGUUGUGAGCAGGAGGAGAUAUUGUAAUCACACGUAAAGCAUGCCGUUGGAUCCGCUCAGCUCGGCACUUUGCUGGUAAGAAUCAAGUUUUUUGCGGUCAGCCCGACUGGGUGGUCGAUGUUUGGUUUUUCGAAUUCAAUAAAAUCAGCUAUCGAAAAUGUUAAUCCUCCAAUGGUGCAUCAAAGCAAGUUCAAAACAAACACCAAACUGAAACUAGUGGGGUUUUCGGGUUUUUAGGCCGUCGUAAAAAAACCCAAAAAAACUCUCACUAGUUUCAAGGAAUGGCCUCGAAAGUC